AUGGAGAGGAUGCCACUAAAAGAAAUAAUAAAACCGAGAUUUCGGUAUACCACAGAAGAUGUUGAAAAUGAUGUCAAUCAAAUAUUUUCUGCAUUUGGACUAACUCCUCAUGAACAUCAAAUGGAAUGCCUAAAAAAAUUGCUUGAAGACGUUCAAAAUAAACAGUCAUCAAAUAAUUAUUUGAUGCAACACUCUACUGGGUCUGGAAAGUCUUUGACUAUUGCAUCCUUAGCCCAUUUUUUAUAUAAUUUAUAUACAGAAACAGGACCAAAAUAUGAUAAAAUUAUUGUACUGAAUGAUAGAGUUCAUUUAGAUACACAAUUGUAUUGUACUGUUAAAGCUGUUUUAGGGGUAAUUGAUAAAAUAGAAGUAAAAAGAGUUAAGAACUCAGUUAAACUUCAAGAAGACCUUGAAGAUAUAAAGUGUAGAAUAUUUUGUACAACACUACAAAAGUUUAGUUUUGUAGAGACACAAUUACCAAGUGAUUUAAAUAUUGCUAUUAUCUCUGAUGAAGCACAUCGUUCACAUGGGGCUGUUGCUACAAGAAAAUUACAUACAAUGUUAUCUGGAGAACAACGACAAAAUCGUCAUAUUACAUACUUUAGCUUUACUGCUACACCAACUUCUAAAUGUCUUAGAUUGUUUGGGACUCAUAAAGAUGGAUUAAUUAGACCAUUUCAUUGUUUUAGUUUAGCUGAAGCAGAAAGUCAAGGAUUAGUGAUGAAUGUUUUAAAGAAUUAUUAUGUCGUACCAAAAAUGUUUAAUCUUUCAGGUAAAACUAAAGCAGUAGAUCCUAUUGCUGAUGGGCUACAAGUUGCAAAAAAUUUAUCAGAUGAAAUUAGAAUGACAGAGAAUCUUAUGAAAAGAAGAGCUGAAUUUAUUGUUAAUCAUUUUGAUGAAUUGAUUAAAAGAACAGAUUCUUCUUCGUUUAAAGGAAUUGCAAUGUUGGUUUGUAGAACUCGAAAGAGUGUUAUUAAAUAUACUCAAAUGCUUCGAGCAGUUAUUAAUGAAAAAGGAUUUGAUUAUGGAGUAUUUGGUGCAUUCAGUGAAACAGAUAUUGAUGGAGUAAUGGAAAGUGAAGAAAAAUUAAAUACAAUGUACAAUACAUAUUCUGAUUCAAAACAUAUUACAGAAUUAUUAAAGGAUCAACAAAAGAAUAUUAGGAUUAUUGUAGCAGCAGAUAAAUUACAAAUUGGAUUUGAUGAACCAAGAUUAAUGUGCAUGUACGUUGAUAAAGUACUAAGUGGUUCACAUGCUGUUCAAACAUUAGGAAGACUUGAUAGAAUUUGUAAAGGAAAGAAAGAAGUUUAUGUAGUUGAUUUUGCAAAUCAAUCAGACUCUUUAAAGAAAGCAUGGGGAACUUUUUAUCAUGAAGCAUUAUUAUUUGAGUCAGAUACAGAUGUUAAGCGCCAAGACAUUUUUCGAACUGUCAAAAUGAGAUUAAAGAAAAUUGAUGGAAUUAAAGAACAAAGUAUUGAAAUUGCUAAAGAAGCAAUUAAGAACGAGAACACAGAAAGAAGAAUUAGAUUACUAAAUCCUGUUCAGACAGAUAUGUUAUUAUUCCUUAAAUUAGUUGAUUAUUUUCAGGAUGAUAAUGAUAAAGAAUUAAAGUAUUCAUUCAUUUCUAAACUAUAUACUUCUAUUUCUUCUCAAUCAGAUAAAACAAUUAGUUUAACUCAAUUACUUAAGUCAUCAAUAUCUGUUUCUGUUGAUGAAACUAUAGAGUUUAAUGCUACUCAUAUUCCUAUUGUAUCAAUUCAACAAAGUGCACCAAAAGGAAAUAGUUUAGCUAUUUAUCAGAGGAGGUGUAAAGAAAUGACAUCUACAGAGGUAGUUGAAAUGGCUGAAAAAAUGGUUGAUGGAGAGAAUAUUAACAAUGACCCUGUUUCACAAUUUUCUAAUGAAAUAUAUUCUAAAAAUAAUCGAGAUUUACUUAGAGGUAUUGUUAAUAAAUACAGUAAAACACCAGUUAAAAGGAAGCCAAGUAAGAAGAUUGAAAUUAAUGGGUAUUGUAGACAAAGUAUUCAUCAAUUACUUGGAUGGGAUAAAGUUAAUGGGACAUUACGAUUUUUGUUAAAGGAGGUAAUUAACAGUAAAAUAUUAGAACAGUUCAUUCACGAAAAUGGGAUUGCAUUUUUAUUUGUUUGUUGUAAUAACGCAAAGCCAUAUGAAGGAUCAUUUGGACAAGCUGCGUUGCAGGUUAUCCUCGAUUGUUUAAAACCGGUGUAUACUCCUUUGUUGUCAGAAACAAUGUUUGAUGUCAAUUUUCUCAUCAAUAGUUUUUGUCAAAACACAAAGUUCUUGGCUGCACCAGCAUUAAAAAUCUUGGUUCGACUCUGCUCGCUCUUUCCAUUGAUAAAAAAAUAUGUUCUUGCCUGUGAACUUUUUAGAGAAAAAUUAAAAGAAUACUCUGGAACAAGUUCAUUAUUCCUUAAACAAGCAAUUGACAGUUUUGUCAGACAACACAUAAGUGUUUGA